UUGCUCAACUCCAACAUCAGAUCCAAGUCUCUGCUACACUGCCUCAACUGCAGCGGAGCCACAACUCUGGUAGCAUCUGAAGACUUGCUGGAUGCAGUGAAGGAGGUGCUGCCCCAUCUGCACGAACAGCAGAUCAAUGUUUUCAUCUUAGCCGACAGAUGUGAAGUUACAGGUGUGGAGAGCUUCAUCGAUAAAAUGAAUCAGGCUUCCUCUGAGCCUAUACCCAAGGAGUUAAGGUCCCAUUUAACCAUGCAGAGUCCAGCAGCCUACAUAUACACCUCAGGGACAACAGGUCUCCCUAAAGCAGCUCUGAUCACUCAAAGCAGAGUGUGGACCAUGUCUUUACUUCUGGCUACAUCAGGAGUGAACUUCAAAGAUGUGAUUUAUGAUACCCUCCCUCUUUAUCACAGCACCGGCUUCCUUGUCUUCACUGGGGCCAUUGAGAGGGGUAUUCCUGUUGUUCUGAGGAGUAAGUUUUCUGCUUCCCAGUUCUGGGACGACUGCAGAAAAUAUAAUGUCACCGUCAUACAGUACAUAGGUGAAAUUAUGCGUUAUCUCUGCAACACUCCACAG